AUGUCUUUUGAUGGCAUGCCUCCUUCAGCUGGAGCCUUUGCGAGCAUUCCCAUGCAGGCUGAGGAGUCAGAAAUCUGCACUCACUUGGUUGCUGCACUGAAUGGCCGAGAAAAGCAGUGUAGAUGUCCAGGCUUCACAUUCAAGAAUACAUCAGCAGGUCCCGGAACAUUCAAGCCAGAUGUUUGCAUCUUCCGAGAUGUGGUGGAGGUUCCGCACAAGAAGAGCAAAAGCAAAACUGCGGUCGCUCACAUGGGUUAUGCAGAACUGUUCAUUGAGGUGACGUGCAACCCCUCGCAGGACUUCUUCGCAGAUCCCCCAGAGAACACGAAUCGCACAACUCACCAAUUCAUCCUGAACCGUCAGUCAUUGACGAGCAUGGAGGAGUUCAAUCAUGCGAAGAAGGCUCUCGGGAAAAAUAUUGCCUAUGCUACAGAGAUUCUGGCCCGCCAACAUCGUCAUUGCCUCUUUUCGAUGUCUGUUUGGCUGCUAUGUUAG